UGUUGCUUGGCGGGCUUGCUGAAACGCAGCCAUGGCCGGGGUCUUUUCAGAGCACUGGGAGCUGCCGAGGUCGCGCUUUCUGCGGCGCCAGUGCCUGCUGCACCCCUUCUUCCGCUCGCUUUCUCAGGGCUCGACGUACUGGGAUGCCUUCGUGCAGCACUCCGGGCCCUUGCUGAAGAUCUUGGACGCCCGCUUGGGCUCCGUUUCGGAACCUCUGGCGGCAGCGCAGGCGCGGCUCAGGGAAGAAGCAGCGCUUCUGCCCUGCGGGGCUUCCGCCUCGGACUCGUUGAGCUCCCACAGGACUCGCGCCGCGGCCGACCUGCUCUUGGGCAUCCGGCUCCGCUUGUACCACUGGAUCGCCGGAGCGGUGCUGGCAGCCUACCCCGAAGCGGCCAAGCUCAGAGGGCCCGGUGAGUGGCUGGCCUUGUGCGCCUCAGAUGCUUUCGGCGCCAGCUCUGCCCAGUUGAGCGCCUUGCUGGACUCACAGCGAAAUGCUGAACUGGACAUCCUGCACCAGAUGCUGCAGCAUGAGCGGGCGCAAUUGGACCAGAUCUGUGGCAGCCGCUUGGAUCCUCCGCGCCCGGAUCCACUGCUGCAAGCUGCGGGGCUGAUGCCUCCGCGGGUGCUGAUCAUUGCAGGCUCGGACAGCGGCGGCGGUGCCGGGCUGCAGGCGGAUCUGAAGAGCUGCACCGUGCUCGGCGCCUUCGGCACCACUGCGGUCACCGCCCUCACGGCGCAGAACAGCCGCGGGGUGCAGGGCAUCCUCCCCAUUUCCAUCGAUUUCCUCAAGCAGCAGCUUGAGUCAGUGCUGUCCGACCUUGGCACCGAUGUGGUGAAGACCGGCAUGCUGGCAACCGCCGACAUUGUGAAAGCGGUGGCAAGCUCUUUGCAGGAGCUGGCGCCUGGGAAGAUGCUGGUAGUGGACCCUGUGAUGGUGUCCACCAGUGGGCACACACUGCUGCAGGAGGAUGCAAUCCAAUGCGUCAAGGAGCAGCUGUUUCCGCUGGCGACACUGAUCACGCCCAACUUGCCAGAGGCCUCCCUGCUGCUGGGCCGAUCCAUUUCCUCCGUGCCUGAGAUGGAGCAGGCCGUCCGGGAUUUGGCCGCCAUGGGCCCACGCUGGGUGCUCCUGAAAGGCGGCCACCUGAAGGAGGGUGCCGAGGAGGCCAUCGAUAUCCUCUGCGACGGACAGGAAAGCAUCGCCUUCAAGUCUGCGAUGAUUCCGACAACGCACAGCCAUGGGACAGGAUGCACCUUGGCGUCCUCCAUCGCCGCAUUGCUGGCGCGCGGCCUGGAGGUGCCCGAGGCUGUGCAGGAGGCCAAAGACUUUGUGAGCGGCGCCAUCGCCUGCUCCGCCAAGCUGGCCUUGGGAAGCGGGCCCCAGGGCCCCAUGAACCACUGUUGGAGGCACUUCGACUGGUGAGCGAGCGC